GCCUUCGAAAAGUAGCUAAAUUGGUCGGAAGUGCAGCCAAGCCCGCAGCCCAUAACGUAACGUAAGGCUAUCUGGCAGUUAACAGCAAUUUUUUGUUUCGAGUAGGCGGUCAUACUGGUCAUUAAAAUAAAUAAAAUUAUACUAAAAAACAGUAGUUAGCAGAAUCAGCAGUCUCGUAAUAAAAUUGUAAGAUGUUGAAUGGACAGAUUGCACACAGUUAUUUGGAGAACUCGUGCACGCUGCUCAUACCCCGCCCGCCUGCCCUGAAUCAGACCUCAAAGUUGCACCAGCCAGCAGCAGCUGCUGCUGCUUCUUCUUCCGCUGGUGAAGAGUUAAGGCAGGGGGCGGGGUCGGGAGUAGUAGAAGCGGAGGCGUUGCAUGUGGAUCGCAUAAGAAACUGCGAUAUAUUCGUUGACGCGCACGACCUUUAUUUCUACGCAGACGUUAAGCUGUACAAAUUCCACAGCCACCGCACCUUCGACUUACGAGAGCUGAAGACGCUGUUAAUAAAGUUCAACACUACGGAGAAUCAUUACCAAAUUUGCCUGCGCUGUCUGCCCCUAUCAGCGGGUGCCCAGGAAGGACCCGGUGGCGGAAGGGGAGGAGGCGGUGGUACGGGAGAUACAGCCAAGCAGUGGAGUGGGCGCAAAGAGUACAUCGCCACUUUCUUGCCCUUACCCACACUGACCGACGCCACCAGUGCCCAUUUGCCGGAUAAGGAGCAUCUGGUCCAGGAAUGGAAACUCAAACGAAUCACCGAUCAGUGCCAAUUGCAGCUCGACGGCCAGGAGCGCACCUACAAGUUGACCAACAAUUUUGGGUACGGCUAUGCCAGCAAAUACAGCGGACCGCUGGACACCAGCGAGCUGGACAAAGCCACGUGCCGCGUUUCGGAUCCAUAUCGCAUGAGCCCCAUCCAAAGGCGACAAGAGCGUGUGGUCGAUGAGAUGAAGCGCUUUUCGCGCGAGCAGUACAAAAUUAAUUUUGUAGAGCUACAGGUUCCGUCCGGUCACCAGAAUCCUUUACGCUACAAGCCGAAAAUCUACGAGACUUCCAUGACCCAGGAACAAGCGCAUCUGCUGCACAACAUCAGCCGAGAGCAGACAAGAGAGCAGCAGCCGUGCGACGUAUUUCGGCAAAACGAGAUCGAUUGCGGGCUGAUUAGCAUCCUGUUGGCCAUAUGCUAUGAUGUGCGGACGACGAACAAUGAGCCGACAUGUGAAUCGGGCUGGACGCGAAGCAUCCUCUGCCCGCUUUAUUGCUACUUUGAGCAAUUCGACAACUAUCGGGACGUACUGGUUGCCUUUCUGCGGCGAAUGAUCACCUACCCGUUGUACCGCAAUUUCGAGUUGGGCCGCCAAUGUGUACGGGAUGCCAUAGAAGUUUUAAAGGGCGGGCGAAACUGGUUGAUUAACCAGCUGCUGCUGACACACCAGCAGUUUGCCAGCAGUGAACCUAGUCGCGAUAGCUUCAACAGCUACUAUUUGGAGGACUAUAUCCGAUAUGUGACCAGUCCGAGCGCCUGCAGCGAUGAGCACAUGCGCCUUCUUGCCCGCAACCUUAAGAACGUGCUGAUGGAUGUAAAGAAGCAGCACUUGGGCCUGGGAGUCACCGAGAUUGAGACUGAGCUGAUUAAGGAGCUGAUGCAGGAGAUGCGCAUUGAUGCGGGGAGCGAGGGCUCCUCGCCGCAGCAACAUGGCCAUGGCGAUGAUGAGCUAGACCUUGAUAACGAUACUUCUGGGCAAGAGGACGAGACUACUACUGAUGAUGAUAGCGUCAUAACAGACUCCUUCGACAGCAUGGACAUGGACAUGCGACUGAUCGAGAACGAAAUUGUAUAUGAGGAUGACGAGGAGGACGAAGAUGGGGAUGAGGAUGACGAUGAGGAUGGGGAUGGGGAUGGCGCUGAUGAGGAUGACGAAGCCAGCAGUUCUUCCACAACCACAAGCAGCGAGGCAGAGGGAAACAGCGUUAUCGAGCAAUGCAGCAACAGUGAGACAGCAGCCAGCACCAGUACCAAGUAAAUUGCCACUUAUGUCGAGUCCGGCAAGUCCUGCUCCUGCCUUGCCCAAAACAAACAAGCAACACAACCAACUUAAUGUCAAAGAACGGAGGCUAAACAGUGAUUACUUUUAAAAUUAAAACAAAGUAAAAUACGAAACAAAAAACAAAGCCAAGUAAAUGAUGUAAGUUUACACAAAAAUACCCAAAAAAAAAGAACUACUUAAAUCUUAAUUGUACAAUAAUUUAACGAGAAGCCAACUCAAAGAUUUGUUCACGCCAAAUGCGAAAAAAUAUUUGAAUAUUUUUUCCUCUUUGCUCUACAAUAACUUCGAUUAUAAUUACACAUACAAGUAAAUCAGAACUUUAGCAUUUAGUAUGGCAUUAGAGUACGAAAUAUUUGAAUUUUGAAUUCUGAAAAGCGAAAUCUAGUUGUGCAUUUGUAUAUACAUCUAUAAUUAUAUAGAUAUCGAUAUUGUUGGUGCUGCAAGCAAAAAAAAACUAACAAAUGAUGAAUAAAAUAAAAUGGAAAUGGAAAA